UAUCAACCAUGUCGCUGCGGGAAAAGGCUGAUGAUCUCAGGAAAACGAUCGAUAAUCUCCUCGUGGUGGGAGUUGACAUGGCGGUUCCAAUUCUCAGGGUCGUCAAUGCUACCGCUGAUUGGUGUCCCCCUCUAAAGAUGGCGACUGGCGGUGCACUCUCCAUCUUCGACGAGGCUAAAAAGUUCAAGGAGGACAAGGAGCAAUGGAUUGGUUUUGGUGAAUACGUGGCUAGCGCUACGGCGAAGGUAGUUUCAGCCAUAAAGUCUUAUGAUAUGUCAGUGGGGGAGGCAGGGUCAUGGGUAGAGGGUGUCGCGGAGCUUGGGAGCGCGCUACAGGAGAUCCAGUCUAAAAUCCAACAAAGACUUACAAAAUUGGAGGAACGGUCAGCUGUAAGGAAUGCACUGUCCCACUAUCGAGACCCUGGAAGAAUUGAGGGCCUGAAGAAAGAUUUUGACAAAGCGUUGGCAUUAUUUCAGCUUAGGACGAAUUUAACAAUUGGUGUCAAAUUAUCGACCAUAGAGGACAGCUUAGACCGUCUGGAGGGUGCGAUUGAAGUUAAAGUGUCGACCAUAGAGGGCAGCCUAGACCAUAUGGAGGGUGCGAUUGGCGUCAAAUUGUCGACCAUGGAGGACAGCUUAGACCGUCUGGAGAGUGACCCAAUCCUCGAUAAUCUCCGAUAUCCUCAAAUCGCCCACCAUGAUUCGACAGAGGCGUGCCUAGAAGGUACCAGGGUCGAUCUCACGGAGCGUAUUAUGAACUGGUGUCGUAACACCGGGGAUAACGAGAACCGGCUGAUGCUACUGACCUCCGUCGCUGGCGCUGGAAAGACUUCGAUUGUGCACACGAUUGCAGAUAGAUGUAACAGGGAGGCUGUCCUAUUGCUAUGUUUUUUCUUCAGAGCAGGCGAACAGCCACGGCCGGACUGUUUAUUCAGCGGCAUUGCACGAGCUCUAGCAAGCCGUGACACAGAUUACCGUACCUUCAUUAUCUCUGCCCUUCGAAGAGACCCCACCCUCUCGACAGCUCCAUUUGCGAUGCAGUUCCAGGAAUUGGUGGCUUCACCUCUUCUCCAUAUGCGUCGGUAUCCGAGCCAUCCUAUGGUGGUCAUUAUCGAUGCUUUAGACGAAUGUGAUGAAGAAGCGUAUCAACCCCUUGCUAAGAUUCUUUGCGAAAACAAAGCACAGAAAGUACAAAAACACCUUAGAUCAUGAGGGAAAAUCUGAAAUAAAUCAUGGAAG